CGGAUCCGGAAGUGCGGCCUCUUACGCCUCUCCGCCGAGUCCGGAAGCUUGGCUAUUUUCUCCUACUUGUGUGACACUUCCCAAGGAGGCUACGCCGGAAAACCCCGGGUGGAACGUGGAAAUCUCCGACAUAAAUUUUGUGCCUCUAUGAUCCUGCCAGGGCAGACCAUACUACAUCACAUUUACUAUAGAAUCCAGCCAUGGCAGAGCCAAGCAGACCCCAGAGAAAGAUGUCUACUAUGGGGGACAGCUUAUACAAGACUCUAGGCCUGGAGAAGGGAGCGUCCGCAGAGGACAUCAAAAGGGCUUACAGGAAACUAGCGCUGAAAUAUCACCCUGACAAGAACCCAGACAACCCUGAAGCGGCGGAGAAGUUCAAGGAAAUCAACAACGCCAACUCCAUCUUGACCGAUGACACCAAGCGCAAGAUCUAUGAUGAGUAUGGCUCCAUGGGGCUCUACGUGUCGGAGCAGUUUGGCGAGGAGAGCGUCAAGUACUACUUCCUCAUGUCCAAGUGGUGGUUUAAGACUCUGGCGGUCUGCUGCAGUAUCAUCACCUGCUGCUGCUGUUGCUGUUGCUGCUGUUUCUGCUGUGGCCGCUGCAAGCCCCCAGAGGAUGAAGAAAACUACCAGUACGUGGACCCAGAGGACCUGGAGGCGCAGAUCCGGGCCGAGCAGGACGGGGCAGGAGACACUGUAAUAGUGGUGCAGCCCACUGCAGUCCCAGCUACUGAGAACUCGGCCGAAACGCUGCCAGAGUCUAAAUGACUUGUAGAAGCGCCCCCAUUGUGAUCCAGCCCCAUUCCACCAGCAGCACCUCCAAUCCUGUCCAGAACGCCAGCAGCCAGCCUGUUUCCGAAACCCCGAAGUAGGCCGACCAAUUGGAGACCACUGCCUGUUGGGAAGCCCUCCUACACCGUGACUGUGAGAACCUCGGCUCCCCCUUGUGGUCGUGCAUCAUCAUCAUCAUCAUCAUCUUCGGGACAGCAACAAUGAACAAUAUCGGCCUCUUCCGCUAUCGGCUUCCUUCCCCCUCACAGUACACCCACGUUGUGAUUAUUUUAAUUUUUUUUUCUUCUGGAUGGAGGAGGAGCCGUUUUGCCAACAAAGUGCUGGGACCCUCGGUGCCGCGUUCAUCUCCCUCAUCACCAGCCAACAAACCCGUUUCCACUGUAGCUCUCCGGCCCGAGGGUCCCGGGGUACUGCGAUCCAGCACAUCCAGGGGGGGGGGGGUUCCUGUUUUUCAGCUUGCAUGCCAAUGUUGGACUGCACUUGUCCUCCAACACACAGACACGCGCACUUUCCCUGUUGCCAUGGAACACAGCCCAUGCCGGAACAGUCCUUCAGCCAGAACAGCCAGAAGGAUCAGUCCCAGACGUUGCCAGAAGGGGGCCCUCUACCUACAGGCUCUUUUGCAGAACCCUGACCGAGAUUUCACCCGCCUUGUUUAUUUACAUCGGAUGUUCGUUUAAUCUCCCUUUUUAUGCCAAUGAAGUGGGUUUAUUGCCUAACAAAAUAUUCAUUUUAUGCUGUAGGUUUAUUGUAUGUUCUGAAUGUAAUAAAUAAUUUCCAAAGUCCGAAGAUUUGAUUGAGUGGAAAUCUGAGCCCAUUCCUGGCCCCUGUGCACGUAGCCAGUGUCGCAUGCCUGGCCGAUGUCGAUGUCGGCGUUACCCCUGAAACCCCGAUUGUACUGCGUGUGGGUAGAAGUUUGCGCGGCUCCAUAGGCCUGGGGAGUCGGACCCUUGCCUGCCAGAGCUGGUUUCACCUCUGUCCCCUUCUGUCGGAUAGCGACUCCAACAGGCUGUGCCAAGGACCGGUCCAUCCCCAGCCAAGCACGACGGCCUUGGAACGUUUCUUUUGGGACCCUGUUAGAUGAUGGAAGGUGAGGUUCUGUGGCAGUGGUGGAAUGAUCUGCAGAGGCCCAGCUCGCCGCCAGUGGACUGGUUCAGCCUACUGCUACUGGGGUAACAACCACUGACUGAGUUGGACUGGUUACUGACUGGAAAAUACUGUCGCCCUAGUACUGUUGGUUGCCCUGGGUUUUAUUGCGACUCCUGUCCUCGUUUCAUCAAAUGAUUAUUCAUAUGAUGAUUAUGAUUAUUGCUCUUGUUGUGAUAUUGAUAGAUGCCAAAUGAGGUGGUAUGAUGCACUAAACCGUGUGGUGAGUUGACAUGUAAAGGUGUAGGAUUGGUGUAAUUGUGUUGGUCGUUUGUCUCCCCCCCUCAACCAACUUCCAUGUUUACUGUCUCCCUCUUAUCCUCACUGGGUGAGUCCAGUGGUCAGCUGGCCUCUUAUCCUGGGGGGGACGUUUAGCUGCAGGAAGGCUGUGGAAACGGCAGUUGUCUGAGACCGGGUCCACAGGGGGGGUGCACUCUGUGCUCUGCGCCGGUCUGACAGCCUCCUGUCCUCAGAGCCUUCACCUCUGUAUGUGUUUAUUUGCUCUUGUGGGAAAUCGCCCCCAAAGCCGUCUGAUGCAUGCAUUAUUUUUAAAGGACGCGUUGAGCUCGAGACGUUCAUGCAUGCUCGUAGGGUCUGAAUGUUUGUUUUUUUUUUUUCUUUCUUUUUUCUUUUGCAGGUGGGGAAAAAACCCCCACUAAUUUAUACCGUCAAUCUUCAGCACUGUGUAAAUACUUGUAACAGUAGUCCUUCAUAAACGUGAUAUGCAAACGUGUCAGUGGGGAAUUACCAUUUAUGCAAAUGUUUUAUGAAUGUGUCAAUUUUAAUACUGUGGUUUUUUUGUUUUUUUUUAAAUAAGAGGUUUAGGCAUUUUGAAAGCGUUGACCAUAGUCGUACAUGGUCUGCUAACAUGAUAGGCUAACAGCCCUAGGGGGUGGUUCCAGCCACGCUAGACUGGCCAGUAAAAAGCCUCCCUGUAGAUGCCUGCCUUUUCACACUGUAGGCAUGGUCCUUAACCACCAUUCCUCCAGUUAUCCUGUGAGGAAUGACUGUACUACUUUUGUUCAACCAAUUUGAACGUGUUUUUAAGUUUGUUUCCAGUUUUCAUUAUUUACAAAAUGUUCCUUAAUGUAAAUGUUGUAUAUCAGUUCUUGAAUAAACUGUAGGGCAGGGUUA